GUUGUAAAUCAAUAUGGCCGUUUGUUGUUCUGUGCCCAAGUUCAUCGAAAGGAACUCUGUUUAAAUAUUUGUCGAACAGGUUCUGCCAAAUAAAUAACCUUAUCGUAUUUAUUGAACCAUUUAUACCCCCGCCUUGGACCUGACUAAAUAGUUGCAGUUACACGUUUAUUCGGUAAACAAGAAAUUCGUUGUUACUUAUUAAAAUUAUACAGGUAGAUUGGUUUUAGAUGUCUAAUAUAAUUCCACCAUUAGUAAGCAAUUCUCCACCUCCUAUGGUACUUACGUUGGAUGAAGAUGAAGAUGAAUUUGGCGAUUUUACCUCUGCAGGUGAUGGAACCUAUGCUUACGAUAAUUAUUCAUUGCCGACCACUCCUCAACACACAAAAUCUUCUUCACCUGAAUUGUUCCUGACACCCAAUAAUAAUCAUAACAAAAACAUUGUUCAAGAUGAAAAUAAUUGUGAUUUAAAGUCCAUAAGUGCGCCAACAACAACUAACAAAGUCAAUUUAAUUGAAAGUCGAGAUUCUUCAUUUCCUAAUAAUAUAAAUAAUGUAUAUAGCGAUAAAGAUGAUAUUUAUUAUAAUAAUAGUAAAAAUAUGAUUAAAAAUGAGUUUGAAACGGUUUCCGUGCCAAUUAAGGACAUACAUAAGAAUAAAGAAAACAUUGGUGGUGGUUUAAACGUGCCUUUUGUAGUUGACGAUAAAGAAUUAUCCGUAAACGAUAUUGAAUUGGAUGUUAAUGGUGAUGAUUUAGGGAUAAAUGAUGUAAUUAGUGAUGAGACUAAUUUAUCAAAUGAUGAAGAACCGCCCGAUCUUCAUGUUGUUGAUGAUAAAUACGAUAAUGAAUCGCCUGAAAUUGAUGAUCUUAGUUAUUAUGAUGAUUAUGAAUAUAAAAAUGAUUAUAAUAAGAAAUCAAAAAGUGGGGAUGGGAGGGAUUUUAAUGAAAAUACCGUUAAUAUUAGUUCUAAUUUAAAAAAUAAAGAAAAAUCUAAUGAAAAUAAUGAAGAAGUUUGUGGGGAUUGUUUAAGUAAUAAUGAUAAUAACGUUUUGAAAAUUGAUUCAAUAAAUGAAUUAGAAAAUAAAGAAAUUCAAGAGGAUUUUGAAAUAUGUUUAGAGAAAAGUGUCAAUGAAGAAGAAAUCCUAAGGAGGUGUAAUGCUCAAAUUGAUUCUUCGAUAGAUACAGAUAAAAGUAGUACACCAAUUGAAGAAAACGACGCUUUUGUUGAUGCUGUAGAAGAAAUAAAUGAAAUUAUUAAUGCUAAUGAAUCAAAUGAUUUAAAAGUUAAUGAUGAAACAUUAAAUGAAUCUUUUUUUAAUAAAGAAUAUGAAUUACUAGAAGAAAAUACAAAUUUAGACUUUCAAGAAGAUUUUGGUGAUUUUGCAAAUUUCUCAGAUUUUUCAUCUUCCCACGAAUUAAAAGAAGAUAAUCAAAAUAUUAAUCCCACAAUUUCCAAGACACCCAACGAAAUUUCUAGUCUCUCCGAACAACUUAAAGACACCCAAUUAGACGAUUUUGACGAUGAUUUUGGUGAUUUUUCAAUAGCAACUUCCGCCGUCGACGUUGAUGAAUCUUCAUUGUCAACGCAAGAUGAAUUAGCUGAAUGCGCAUCGUCAAAUCGUGAAUUUAUUGAUAAAAGUCAAGUAUUGGAACGCAUGGGUAAUAUUUUAAAAGAGUCAUUUCCUGUUGGUUCACCUGAAGGUGUCGAUGCGCAACUUUUAAUGAACGAUUAUCUUAUGACAAACCAAGUUUUUAACCAGAUGAAAAAUAUCACUGAAACUAAUGCGUUGAGUUACCAAUGGGCUAAAUCUGUUAGUCAGGAGAAAAUGUUGAACGCUUUAAAUAUUGAUACUAGAAAUAUUUUGUAUGGUCCGGGUUGGAAUCCUUUAAUGCCAAAAUUUGCAGCAAAUCUCCGUACGACACCCUUGGAACCAAUUAGAUCUGAUUUGUUAUUGACACCUUUAAAACCGAACUCAUCUGAGUGCUUAACACCCUCUGAAUCAAGUUCCGCGGAAGUUCCAAGCGUGCAGUUUGAUUGGAACGUUGCCGGAUUAAUAAACCCAUUAGACUCUGCUCAAAAUGGUACGAUGUUGCUUGAUUUAGAGCAAUUAACAGCUUCGUUAGAUAUUUCUUGUAUUAAAAGUACUACCAAUGGUGAUUGUCAAAAUGUUAUUGAGGAUGAAUGGGAGUAUUGGUUAAAAUCAUUACCACCAGAAUUGAAAGAUGAAAAAGCCGAAAAAUCUCACGAUUUUAUUUCACAUCGAAGAAGUCACAGCGAUAACGAAUCAGUCAAAUCUCUCCAAUUGAUAACCGACACCGAAAUAAGGUCUGAAACAAACGUUUCGAAUCAAAACGUUGAAGAUUUCGACGAUUUCAUCGGCGGGCAGUCAUCUUCAUCUACGUCGUUUGCCUGGCAAAAAACGAUACCUUUAAAAGAAACUUACAUCUCAACUGAUUUAAUUGAAAGUAAAACAACGCCAGAUGUUUUAACAAAAAAUAUUUUAACAAAUACUAUCGAAAACGAUUUUGAAAUAAUGAACGUUGAAACGUUAGAUGUUAGAAAAUCGUUGGAAGUGAAUAAAAUUAAUGAAAAUAUUAGUAUAAUUAAUGAAGAUGAUGAAUUUACGGAUUUCCAAAUGAGUUUACCAGAAAAAACGAUCAACGUCGCGGUUAUUGAGGAAAGAAAAACGUCGCUUGAGAAUAUUUUGCAACCAAUUCGAGCAUCGUCCGAAAUUUUAAAACCAGAAACGAAAACCGUUUCUGAACAACCCGUAAUUUUAUGGCCAGAUCCGGGAGUUACGUCUGAUGAGUUAUUACAUAUUGAGUUAAGUUAUAGUCGAAAAAAUGCUUGUGAUAACGUUGUAGUUGAAAAUAACGCGGUUACAUUAAAUUUAAAUGAUAGCGGCUCUAAAGAAAAUAUCGAAUCAAAUCAAAAAAAUGUUAUCGUUAACGGUAACUUUGAUUUUAACACAAAAAAUGUUGUUAAUAACGAAAAUAGUGUGAGCAAAGACCCUAAAAAUAUUAAACAAAGCGAAAAAACUUGUUUAGAUGAUGAAUGGACUGAUUUUGUUUCAAAUCAAGAACCUUUAAAACCGUCAUUUCAACAGCUUUCAGUACCCCAAUUAUCACAAUUACAACCCCCUAAGCAACCAAUUCCUGUGAUAACUCCCAUGGGUUUGAUUCAAACGAAAAUACCAUCUAACACAACUUCUUUAAGACCACACCAACAACAACACUCUCAAAUUCUUUCUUCACAUAAAAACGUGCAUCAACAACCAUUAACAAUCAGCCAACAAUAUCAAAAUCAUUUAAACGGACCGAUAUUUCCUAAAUUAGCUCAAAAUAUAUAUUUGCCGAACCAUUUUCAACCGGCCAAAUUGAAUUUGGAACCGUAUCAAUCAUUCGGGGAUAAAACAGCUACAAAUGACGAUGAUGAUUGGACGGAGUUUGUAUCCAGUGCACCGGUUCAACAACAACAAUUUCAUGAUGUGGGGAAAAUUCAACAAAGAAACGGAGGAUUUACGCCGAAUAUAAUAACGAAUCCGGGUCAUUUUGAUAUUAAUUAUGGAGUGGGUAAAACGCAAAAUAACGUUAGUUCUUCGAAAAAUAUUCCGAGUAUUUCUGCUUUACCCGAACUUGAUUUUGCUGCUUCUAAAAAUAAAAGUUUUAAAAGAAAAUGACUACAGGAGGAUGUCAUGCUCUAAAAACCUAAUCUUUGAAAGGGCUGGAAUUCUUGAUUUGUUUAAAUUCGUCUGGUUAAAUAAGAUGUUUUAUUAACAUCUUUAUUUGUUAUAUCUGCAGGGGUCGUACAAAGGUGUCCCAUAAAUUUGAUAAGUUAAUUGUAUAUCAAAUAAUUCUGACCUAAAAUAAAAUUAUGGUACUUUUGUGGUUUAGGAUAUAAUUAUUAUGACGACUAAUGUGUAGUACCUUUAUGGAACACCUUUACCAGAUGCUCUGCAUAAUUAGAUAAAUAUUUUUUCUGUGAUUACACAUUGUUUAUUAUAAUUUUUUUUUCUUUACAAUUUUGAAUUUGAAUAUUUUGUGAAAUAAUCGAAUUUGAUUUUUUACGUUCAGUAUUCGAUUUAUUACUCUUAUUGUAAUAUUAUUACGUUAAUUUGCACUAUAAUAAUUACUUACAUUUUAUAAUUACCACAAGAUGAAUUUUAUUGCAAAAUUUAUUCUACUAGGUAUAAUAAGUUAUAACGUACUAAUUAAAAUAAAACAAAAUACAAUUGUAAAAUUCCAAUAAAUUUGUUAUUGCGAAUAAAAUUCAAUCGGUUUGGGGCAAUUUUAAAAAAAUGCAAAAAAGUGUACUGCGAAUUGUACUUAAUCACAAUGAUUUUAUUCGUCCAUUGUAAAUAUAUACUUGUUCAAAAAAACAUUCCAGUUGUAUCUGUCAAAUAAAUAAAUUAUGAUUAUUAAUUUAA